UACCCACACGAAUAUUAUCCGACCUGAUCCGCACUAGGUAUGUGUGACAAAUAUGAAUAUUGAGGUAUCACCCGUCUCAUUGUCAUCACUAUAUGAUGUCCAUAAUAAAUCAGAAAAAGAAUUUAACUUCAAAUUAUUAGCUAAUUUUGGGAUCAUAUUGGGAAGAAAUUUGUAUUAUGAUUAAAGAUGAUUAAGCUUUAAUCAUGAGCAUAUUUGGGGGGUGUGAAAACCAUGCAUGACAAUUGAAUUAUGUAUCCCAUCAUCAAUCGUGCGGCGGAGGAAGCAAAGAGAUAUCUAACGGCGGGCGUUAAAGCCAACGACCCGCGGGCGUACCGAGUCGGGUCGGGUCGCCGGCCGAAACGCUUCCCGGAUCUAUACCUGGCAGCUGAUUGGCUGGAGAAAAUAUCUAAAUCGCGGGGCCAGGCUGGCACCUGGUUUUUUUCUAGAUAUUUACGGCGGCCAGGAAUGCUGCCCGCGGUGGUUUUGUGGUUCCUGCCCGGAUAUCCUCAGCCACUGAAGCCGGCGACGUGCUCGUUUUAUGGUGGUUUUGAUGCUUCUCGGGCAGGGGUUCGGGCAGUAGUGCUGCCUGGCCUGCUUUAUAUAUUGGCAUCCACGUGAGAUUGAGAAAGACACAAAACCUUUUUUUGUAUCGAUAAGUAUAUUCUUCUAAUACAACAAGGCCAAUUUC